AUGAAGCCCAGUGGGGUCAACCCCUACGAUGGCCUGGAGCACGGGGAGGAGUGUGUCGGGUUCCUGCCCCCUGGUGUUGCCCCCAAGAUGAACCCCUUCUCUGAGGCAGAAGGGAAGGCCUCAUUCCAGGCAUUUGUCUUCAACCUGAGCAAUGCCAUCAUGGGUAGCAGCAUCCUAGGCACGACCUAUGCCAUGAGCAACACUGGGCUGGUCCUCUUCACAUGGGUGCUGCUGGUCUCCAUUGCUGUCUUCUUGUCCUACUCCGUCCACUUGCUGCUGACCUGCGCUGGGAUCAUAGGUAUCUGGGCCUAUGAGCAGCUGGGGCUCUGUGCCUUUGGCCCUGGGGGCAAGGUGCUAGCUGCAGUUAUUGUCUCUGUGCACAACCUUGGAGCCAUGUCAAGCUACCUGUACACCAUCAAGUACAAGCUGCCCCUUGUCAUCCAGACCUUCCUGGACCUGAGUGAGGACACAGGGGCCUGGUACCUGGAUGGGAAUGUGCUCAUCGUGGGUAUCAUCACCAGCAUUGUCUUGCCCCUUGUGCUCAUGAGGCACCCCGGCUACCUGGGCUGCACCUCUGGCCUCUCUCUCACUUGCAUGGUUUUCUUUCUCUGCUUGACAGCCUACACCACCACCAUCCUUGCCUUCGUCUUUGUCUGCCACCCUGAGGUCCUGCCCAUCUACACUGAGCUGCACAGGCCGUCACAGCAGGGGAUGCAGCGGGUGGCCAAUAUCUCCAUCCUGGCCAUGCUCAUUAUGUGCUCGCUCAUGGCCACCUUUGACUACCUCACCUUUUAUGGGGCAGUGGAGCCAUAGCUGCUGCAGAACUACCAGCAUGUGGAGCCUGGGGACUGGCUGGUGUUGAGCGUGCGCCUAAUCGUGCUGCUGGCUGUCAUCCUCACACUGCCAGUUGUGCUCUUCAUGGUUCUGGCUGUGCUGCAGCUGCUGUUCCCACAGUGGGGUUUCAGCUGGGGGCGCCAUGUGGCCAUGGCUGUGGCCCUGCUGGCAGCUGUCAACCUGCUUGUCAUCUUCGUUCCCAACAUCCAUGACAUUUUUGGCAUCAUUGGGGUGACAUUGCCCCCCCCCAGCCUCAUCUUCAUCCUGCCCAGUAUCUUCUACAUCUGCCUUGUGCCCCCAGAGAAGGUGCCACUGUGCUCCCAGGCCAAGAUCCAGGCUGCUGCCUUUGCCAUGCUGGGCAUUGCCUUUAUGCUUUCCUCUCUCAGCUUUAUUGCCCUGGACUGGGCCCAGGGUGGCAGCGGUGCCCUGGGGGGGCACUGCCUCCCCCCCAGUUGUCAUGGACGCAACCCCAUCACCAUGGAGACACCUACCCCCACUGCUGCUGCCACACCUGGUCCCUAUGGCAACAGGCAUCGCUAACAGUUUCCAUGACACAAAAGACCUCCCCAUCGGGUUUCUGUAGCAGCUGUAGCAAUGGGCAUCCUCAGUGGUUUCCGUGGUAACAGACACACAUCUGUUCUUUGGCAAAGGACAUCCUACUGGUUUCCAGCCACCCCUUAAGUGAUUUCCAGCGCAACAGGCACCAGUUUCUAGGGCACCACCUCCCAGGGGUUCCCAAGGCAAAAGUGUCCCCCCUUCCACUGGCAGUUUCCAAGGCAGUUCUUGGGGGUGUUCUGGGGGUCAUCCUUUGCUCCUCACAAACUUAAGACCUGUUGUUUGCCAUGGGAAUAGCUUCUGCAGCAAUGAUGCUGGGAUGAGGAUGGGGCCUGUGCUGUUACUGUAAUGACUGUAACUAGGGCAGAAAAUCCCACUUCCAGCUCCUGGGGUCACAGUGGAGAACUGGCCUGGGGAGGAAGGAGGUGGGGUCAGGGCCAGGCCCCUCCCCACCCAAAGGUCCCUGGUGGAGGUUGUGUGGGGAGGAAAGAGGGGACCAAUUAAUUGAUAGCACUUGAUUAAGAGCCAGCUGGAAGCCUGUGUCCCCUCCAAGCCUGGGAUAGGAUGCCUUGUUUCCACACCCUGUUAGAAUCUCAAUAAAGGCAAAAUGGAGACUCCAGAGCUGGGUUUUUUCUGGGGGGGAGGAGGGGCCGGGAGUGUUGGGGGGAAACAUACUGCCCCUUCCCC